AUGAAUGUCAGUACAAGCGCAUUAGGAGUGAGAAGGAGGAAAGUCGCCACACAGAAUAUAGAUGACGAAGAAAACUCGGCAGUGCUAAAGUUGGGGCCCGAAUUUCAGAUUAACCAGCUAACUAACCAAGGCGACGAGCAGCGGUUAAUAGCGUUGAACUUGUCGGAGGCGAGACUUUUGAUAAGAGCAGCGUUGCGAGAACGCAAGAAGAAUGCAAAGAGAUCGAAUAAGCACCAGCACCAACAACAACAACACCACCACCACCUGGACAAAGACCUAGAAGAGUCAGAUGAAGAUGAAGACGAACCGAAUGCAAAGGAGGACGAGAUUUCCAAUAUAGAGCUCGCCGGGCCCAACUCAAAUGAAAUCAUGCAUAAAACAUUAAACUACUUGACUAAUUUCUCAAGGUUCAAAAACACCCUGAGCUGUGAUACAGUGGAAAAAUUGAUUACAGACUUCAACGAUCAUUGCAUGGAGCCCUUGCAUCCGUUUGAGAUUGCCCAGUUGGGCACUUUGGAGUGCGAAGAUGCCGAAGAGGCCAAGAGUUUGAUCCCGAGUUUAAAUAACAAGGUUUCAGAUGUGCAGUUGCAGAGCUUGUUGACUGAAUUAAGGAAAUACCAGACAUUAUCUUAG